CUUCUUCCACUUCUCCAUGCCUUCGCUCUCAAGCUUCAACAAUUGUGACUAGCCCUGACCAAGCUGAAACGGGCUUCGCUUCAUGUUUUGAUGACCUCACCACUUCCCAUUUAGAUCACUGUUGAAUUUCUCUAGUUCCCUUUCCAAUUCUUUGAAUCUCAACUGUUAAUCUAGCUUUCUUCACUUUCAGCAUCGCAUUUUUAGCAUUACUCUAGCGUUUUUCUUGCGUGAUAGACCGUACUAUCCAAAAUCAUGGAGAAAAAGCGUAUUGCCAUUGUCGGCAGUGGUGUUUCCGGGCUAAGUGCACUGUGGACACUUCGAAAUUCAGGUCACGAUGUUCAUCUCUUUGAAAAGGAGGAGCGCCUGGGUGGUCAUACAAACACAGCGAUAUGGUCCAAGAACGGUCAAAGUACACCUGUAGAUACCGGUUUCAUCGUCUUGAAUACUGCUACCUAUCCUAAUUUCAUUGCGUUCCUGGAAGCACUGCAAGUGAAAACCAUGGCCUCCGAGAUGACCUUUGGAAUAUCGAGAGACCAAGGCGCCUUUGAGUGGUCCGGAACCUCACCGUCAACACUCUUCGCCCAAACAUCGAACAUCAUUAGACCCUCUUUCUGGCGUAUGGUCUUCGACAUAAUCCGAUUCAACCAAUUUGCACUGGACCUGCUUUCUACUUCACCAACCGAACUAUCGUCGUCUUCUCUGACGAUUGGUGAGUACCUUGAAAGAGAAGGUUACUCUGAUGCUUUUCGAGAUGACUACUUGAUCCCCAUGACCGCGUGCGUCUGGAGCACGGGACCAGAUAAAUGCGCACUAGAGUUCCCCGCCCUGACGCUGGUAAGGUUCAUGUGGAACCACCAUCUACUCUCUACAAUAUCCGAAAGACCGCCAUGGCUUACAGUGGAGGGGGGUGCCAAAAGGUACAUUGGCGCCGUUCUGAGGGAUUGCAAGGGCAAAGUCGACAUCCACCUUGGGACCGCCGUGGAGUCCGCCACUAGGAAGGACGGAAAGGUGGUGCUCAAAUUGGGUGGUAUGGGAGGCCAGAAGUCUGAUGUCUUCGACGAGGUGAUACUGGCAUGUCAUGGUGAUCAGACAAGGAACAUAAUGGGUCAAGCAGCCAACCUAGAGGAGAAGGAACUACUAUCUGCAUUCGAGACGACACCAAACACGGCUUACCUUCAUUCCGACCUUUCGCUUAUGCCCAGACGACGUACGGCAUGGUCAGCGUGGAACUACCUUACCACGUCCCAAUCAUCUCACGGACUACGUAACCCGGCUUCUGGAGCCCUGCAGACCGUGACACUGACAUACAACAUGAACAUACUCCAAAAGCUACCGACAAGCGCUUUUGGCGAUGUUCUGGUGACAUUGAAUCCGGAGGACCCACCGUUACCCGAGCUCACGCAGGCGGUUUACCAAUAUCGGCAUCCACUGUUCAAUUCGCGAAUGAUAGCGGCUCAAGAAAAGCUGGAAACCAUCCAAGGAAAGCGAGGGAUCUGGUAUGCUGGAGCAUGGACGGGUUAUGGAUUUCACGAAGAUGGGUUUGCUAGUGGUAUGCGUGUUGGGUUGAGGUUAGGUGGAGAUGUUCCUUGGGAAGCGAAAAACGCGAAGUAUAGUCGUGGGACGCGGCCGACGUUAGGUUGGAAAGAUUAUGCUGUGAGGACUGUAGUAUUAAUUCUGCAGCUGUUGAUUGGCUUCGUAUCAAGACUCUGGGGUGUAUUGGAGGGCCAGAAGGGAAAGCGCUCGUAUCCGGCAGCGACCAACGGACAUUCCAAGCCUUUGCGAAAGAAGGAGUUGUAGCGGUACAUUUGCGUUCGAUAGUAUUCCAGUAUCCAGAUGACUCCUCAUAUUGGCUGUUAUGAUUGUUAAAGAUUCAUGCUCAUGCUCACGCUC